UUUUUUUCCAGUUAAGUGAAUGUUAUUGGUUUAAAAGUUAAAAAGUUUUAUGGCUAUGCCGCUUUACCGUAAUAGAGAAAAGAUUUCAGUUUCACUAUUUUCAAAUUCAUAAUAUUCGAGUACCGAUAUUUUGCCAAUAUUUACAAAUAAAGUUGAAAAUCACAAAAUAGUUAAGAUAGUUCUAUAUUUCUGCGUUUACCACAUACCAUAGUAUAAAUUGUAGCUAAUGUUCCUCAUCGGACCGGUUAAAAUACUUAUUAACUGACGUAAUCGUGCAUGACAACAUCUGGUACAUAACGAUGCGAUGCCGUCGGCGUUUAAUGAAAUUAAAUAUCCCUCGUCAUAAGGUUCAAAAUUUGUGAUUUAUUACAUUAGAUAAAUUGGAAAAGUGCCGUGCAACUUCCUACGAGAUGAUAGUGAUUGGAUAUUGAUGACUUAGCACUUUUUUUGGGGUAUAUCAGGAGUCCAGGGGCCACUCAUUGGUCGUAGUCCAGUAGAAUAAGGAUGAACGACCCGUGGGACGUGAAGAGCGUGCGACAGGCCGGCCAGUACGUGUCCUGUAUGAAAUUGAACGGGGUGCCGCUCCUUCCGCCCGUGUUAUCGAAGGAAUGCCGCAAAGAAAUGCAAUACUACAAGCUCCUUGCUAAAGAAGUGGAAAAGCGGAUAUCCAUACUUCAGCCGUAUGUCAUAGAUACAGACUCAGAGUCUGAAGACAAGACUGAUGCUCCUGAACUACCUGAAUGUGAACAAAACUUUGAAAUACCCCGGGAAGAAGUAAAAGCUGGGUUCAAUGUUAACAUAGAUAAAAUUACUGCAAUCACUUCAGCCAAUAACAAAGAUAAACCAAAAGCUUUAUCACCAAAACUGCGCAACAAUGUGACUCCAAAGAGAGGUGGGGGUUCAGUAGAAACGUCAAGGUCUAGUUCUCCUAAACUAAUCAUAGACCUUAAUCUCAAUAUCAAUGAAAAUGGAAAAAAUGUUCUUGAGACUGUAAAGAGUCCACACUCACCUCCCCUAAUAGAUCUACCUGAAAGGGACUAUACUUGCACGAGAAGAAUAACUCAAAAAGUCAUCACAGAAAAGGAAGUCAUUACUGAAGUAGAAACACAAAGAAACAAUAAAAAACAGAAAGCUAUGUUUGAGGAGAUGGCUAAACUCAACUUUAUAAACAAAGACAAUUUAACUGACCCUUUCAGUGAUUUAACCAUAUCUCAAGAUGGCCCGUCGUCUCUUAGUUCCAAAAGCUUUACAGGAUCCUUGAAUGAUUUGCAUAGGGAAAGUAUUAAGGAGACGACUCCGAAAUUAGUCCGCCAACAUUCUUACACUCUAUUGAAGCCAAGUCCUCAGCUCUUAGCCCAUCUAGAAGUGCAAUCACUGAAUACCGGUAUUGAGAUGACAUCAAUAUCAAUGAGCGAAUCUGUUUCCAACUUGAGCUGUCCGAACAAGAAGCGUAGGAGCUGGGACCUGGAGUCAGCUAAAGUGAAAUGGUCGUCUAUGGCUCUAGAACUGAAGCAGACUAAUGUCGUACAUAACCUUAAUAAAAAUGCAUCUAACAAAACCAUCGUAAAACAAGCUAUCAAAAAAUCUCCCCAGAGCUCACCCCCGCAACGAGCAAAAACCGUUAGUCCAGAAAAAAGACGCAAUGUUCCUCCAAAAGUAAUGAAAUGUAGUAAUAUAUCCAAUUCAGAGAAUUUAUCUAAGUCUUUGCCGAAAUCCACCAGUCCGUUUAAAAAUAGUGCCAGUUUUGUGAAAGAUCCAGGUUUACCUAAAGUGAGUGCUUCUCUCAACUUAGAUAAGGCUCAACCCCAAGCUUUCGCACCUCCCAUAGUAGGAGAAUCCGAUGACCCCGCGGUUCGUGUUAGGGAACUCUACGAAAAGAUACAAAAUCAACAAUUGUUACAAAUGGCGAGCUUAGUGGAGAAGCAGAAAAGAGAACAGUUGCUUCUUCAGCAAGUUUUUGAAGAACAGAACAAUUUACUUUUCAAACAACUGAAGACAAUCUGUCCGAAAUCCCCUAUUGAGGCGAAGGAGGCUUGGAGUGAGAAACAUGUCGAAAGUGACAGAGGUCCGGUCAGUCUGAGUCAACUCAUUAAUUACAAGUCACCUGAACCUAGUCUGGGUAGUCCUGUUUCUUCUACAUUAACAGAAACCAACCAUUACAUUAACCAGUGCGAUAAUGUGCUGAAGAAAAGUAGGGAUAUUACAGGAAGUAUUAAGAAACAACCUACCAAGUCUCGUAGCCAGAAUGGCAGCAAGAUUGUGUCUCCAAAGACACAGCCAGACAGUAAGAAUCGAACUAGUUCUCCGACUCAGAGACAUACCCCCACAUCCCGAAAAUUAAACUAUGAUACUAGUGUGUCAUCAGACCGGGACUACGAGCCGAUGUUAACCGAUCGAACGAACGACACGAUGGCCGACUUAAAUGUUACCUUUCCCUCCGACAACGACGACUUCACUUACAACAGUACCAACGUUUUUGGGAAAGAAGUUAAAGUUGCUCAUGGACCUUCACUGAUGACUUCUACAACAAACUCGAAUAGAUCCACCGACAAUGCCAUCCGAAAUAUGGAGAGAACUAUAUACAACUCCAUAAAUAGCACCAACAAGCGAAUGUCGAAGGGUACAUUUGACAUCCAGGGAACACCAGAACAGUGUGCAGCUGCAACCAAAAUAGUGGCAGUAGCCAAGGGUUACCUGGUCCGUCGCCUGAUGCGUACGGACCGCGUACAGUCGACCGUGCAGACCAUUAAAGAUGCACUGCUGUGCGCCCUGCAACUGCAUCAGGAUCGCGAGGGGAUCCGGGGCGCUGACGUAGACCUCCAUCGGCGACUUAUUCAGCAGAUAACAGCAGCAUGUUACUCCCUCCACGAUACCUUCGUGGCGAGUACAGCCGCAGAACGUUGCGCUAUGAUCGCUGCAGACAGAGGGCGCCGCCGUUCACUCGCUGCUCGUCAAGCCAGCUUGUCAUUCAAACAAACGGACGUAAUGUCACAAAGCCACUCCGGGGCGUUUCCCGCGCGCACCAAGCGACCAACCGCAGUGUCGCCGAUGACGCAGUCUAACUAUGAGACUUUUAGCGAGGACAAGAGGUCCGGAGUGGCGAUGUCCCGCCACAUGGCCAGCCCACACCGUCGCCCCUGGCGCUGACCCUCACCCACGCCGCCCAGCUGCCUGCCGCGCUUCUUUGCCCACUGCUGGGCGCAGCGUCGCGGCGUCAACCUUUAAACUUCAAAUAUAAAUACCUGCAGCUUAAUUUUUUACAUUAUUUUGAUACUUGUAUUUUGAGCGAUCAUUUUUCGAAAAUUGCGAUAUAAUAUACUGGAGCUAUAAUUCCUAUAAAUAAACUUUGGCUUACAAAAACAUUGAUAACUACGAAAUAAUUGUAAUAAUGUUGUGUAUUAACACGGUAUGAACGUUAACAGAAAUUAUUUAUUAUACUUAUGCUUAAAAAUAUUGAAAAAUAUAAGUACCUACCUACUUGUAUUUAAUUUCAAUAAAAAGUCGAGCUUUCCUUCUGUACUCCGCCUAUGCGCUCUCUUUUGUACACUAAAUGUAAUUAGGCUAACUAAAGUGCAUUUAAAAUUUAUUACAAUUAAUUAAAUUAAAAUUAGGUUUAAAUUUGUCCUGUUCACACAGAAUUGUGAAAGAAACAUUGUCAUGAACAAAUUCAACAAAACGUGGUCCGAUACAAAAUUAUUUAUUAUUAGCAUUUAAGUAAUGUAAUUAAAAUUAUGGUUGUACCUAACUGUUCCGUUUUAUGCUUCCAAAGCAAAGUGCCUACACACGCACAUACGUAAACUAGGGUAAAAUUGAUGAUCCGAGUCGCUAUUGAAAGAAAAUUUAAUAAUUCAAAAUUGUAUUUUGCUAUAAAUCUAGGACUCGAUUGCAGGACAUAUAUUUUGGAUAAACAGAUAUUUUUUUAUCGUUGUACUGGAACUUUUGUGAGACAUUAAAAUAAUUGAAUAUUUUAUCGGUUCUCUCACGUGUGCUGAUAACUCAGCUUGUUUCAACCCAUGUUAGGUACUCCUAGUUGGCUGAUGUUCAAGAUAUGGGUUCCCAGCGUGCCUUGAAACUAGUUGAAGUAUCUCGCCUACCAGUUAUGUGAGCUAUUUUAUUAUUAAGUUAUAAUAAUACUGUAAAUUAAAAUAAUACCAAGUGAUUUUUACUUACAAUAUUUCGUGGUGUUGUUGUCGGCGAAUACUAAUAUAUCACCGUUUUAUCCGCACCAGCGUGAAAUAAUCAUGAAAUGGUUCUGUUAACUUUCCAUUUUUAUUUUGAUUAUAAAGUGAGAAUGAGAUAGCAAAUCUAAGGUUUGAAUAUGAAAUGCUAAAGAGGCCUUUUUAUGUCG